CUGGUGAGGUGGGCGCAGCGCGCGGGGCGCAGGAAGCGCGCGGGGCUGGAGAAGAGCGCGCGCCCGCCUCCGCUCCGCCUCCGUCCGGGGGCGCGGGCGCAGUGGCCCGGGCGGAGGAUCGCAGGGGGCAGGGCCGAGACAGCGAGGAGGGGCACAGGAGAAAGCGGGAGCGAUAAAAGGAAGCAAGGCUGCCCCACCCCGCGGCAGGCCGGCGGGCAGGCUCCUGCGUCCCUUCUGUCCGGCCCUUGCCGGCGGCGGCGGGGAAGCGCGCGGCCCGCUGCCGGCCCAUGGAGGCUUUCCCUUGGGCGCCACGCUCGCCCCGCCGCGCCCGCGCCCCCGCGCCUAUGGCGCUCGUGCCCAGCGCCCGCUACGUGAGCGCCUCGGGCCCGGUGCACCCGCAGCCCUUCAGCUCCUGGAACGACUACCUGGGGCUAGCUACGCUCAUUACCAGGGCUAGCGACCGUGGCUCCCCGCAUGAGGGGCCCGGGCCCACAGCGCCGGGGCCCACGCUGGGGCCGCCCGAGGACGAUGAAGAAGAAGACGGCGACGAACCGGAGGCCGGGGGCCGCUACCUGGGCGGCGCGUUGGAACUGCGCGCACUAGAGCUGUGCGCCGGCCCCGCUGAGGCCGGGCUGCUGGAAGAGCGCUUCGCUGAGCUGAACCCGUUUGCAGGGCGCGCCGCCGCGGUGCUGCUGGGCUGCGCGCCUUCCGCCUCCGCCGCUUCCACGACCGAAGUGACGCCGCGCGAAGAGCCAAGCCCUGCGUGGGCUGCCGAGCCUCGUCUGCACGCGGCCUCCGGGGCCGCCGCCGCGCGUCUGCUGAAACCGGAGCUUCAGGUGUGUGUGUUCUGCCGGAACAACAAGGAGGCGGUGGCGCUCUACACCACACACAUCCUCAAGGGCCCGGACGGCCGGGUGCUGUGCCCGGUCCUGCGCCGCUACACGUGCCCCCUGUGCGGCGCCAGCGGCGACAACGCACACACCAUCAAGUAUUGCCCGCUCUCCAAAGUGCCACCGCCCACCGCCCGCCCGCCGCCGCGCAGCAACAGGGACAGCCUGCCCAGCAAGAAGCUGCGCUAGGAGCGGGCUGCAUCGAGCUGCGUACACCUGAAACCUGCACUCCUUUUCCUUGGCUCAACUAGAGAAGUCGUCUUGGUUUUACGGUAGCCGCAGGGGCGCAGCACUUCCUUGUGGAGUGGUCGGUCUCUGACGUUGAAAUCUUGAAUUUUAUCCCUAGUUUCUAAAACGCGCAUCCAGAACGGUGAGGGCUGAGCGGGUGUACCACCGGUUGAAGUGCGGUGAAUGAAGCGCUGUUUACUGUAUACGUCGGCCUAUUUUAGGUGCGCAUCCGUAUGAAAUUGUCUCUGAUCUUGGAUGUUUCGUUUUAUGAAUGGAGGCACUUUAUUAGGUCUAGAGUAUUUUUAAUAGCCUCUAAACUGAGUGUAAAACUAACAAUUGUAUGGAAUGUCGGCAAAAUGACUAUUUUGUUUGGUGCAAUUAAUUUAUUUUAGUUUGCCAUUCUAAUUGCAGGUAAAGCAACUUAGUACACUUCCCAGUAUUGAGAGGGUGUUCCUCCUCGUGGCUUGUUUCUGUCCUAGAUGGGAGGCUUAAAGGCACAAUCUGUAGCAGGUAGAAUACAGUUCCUUAUCCUUUUAUGCAUCAAAUAUUCUGAAUUAGCAAGUAGUCCUCCCAACCCUUAAAAUUAACUGUGCCAAGGCUUAAUCAUAUCGUGUACAUAUUUGGAAAUGGUGCUGUUUAAGAGACGUGUAUUUAUACAGUGACAGUAUUAUGAAUCCAUUAAUCUCCCCUGUAACUCCUACAUAGCAUUUUCUCUAUGCACCACCCCGAUGGUCCAAUUCUUUGUCUGAUGCUAAGACAUUUCCUCCUCAGAAAGGAGGAAACCUUUAGAGCAGUGUUAACCCACCUUGAUUGCUAAAGUUCAGGGUUCCUAAAUUGAAAAUGGAGAACUAUAAUGCAAUAACUUGAGUUCCAAAAGGUUCUACUCUGGUCUGUUUGCCUUCCAAUUUACAGAAGGUGUACAAGAAUAAACACUUCAAGGCUGUAAUAAUUGCAGUUGGAUACAAGUGUCAUAGCCUCCCUCUUGGUGGUUCCACUAUUACUUAGAGACACUUGUCUGCUUCCAGAACCCCAAAAAAUCUUCAUGCAAAAGUUCCUAACUCUUUCCAGUACUCCUGUAAAUCCAUCAUACUGAGUGCUGGAAUAUGCCACAAAACUACUAGACAGAAGAGGCAAAGGUAGAGGUGAAUUAAGAUAAAUUCAGACAUGUAUCAGCACCACUAUCUGCAAGUACCAGCCAAGAGAUUAAGUAUAUAAAGUUUGCAAUAGUCAGAUUUAGCUAGGAAUACUGGGAGUUAGACUAGACUGCCUUUCAUAUUAAGUAGCAACUUUACAGCAAACUUUCUGAAUAAAAGAGGCUGAUGUGAAAAUACUGACAGCUGUGAGCCAUACUGGUAAAGGGGAGGACAUUCUUAGCAAGGAAGAAAACUAUCCCUGUUAGUUACAGCCCCACAUCCACUGUGCCUGGGCCUAAACGUAAUAAAACCAUGUUCCUUGUUAUUUUGCUAGAAAAUAUACCACUUGUUUUGAGGUGAACUUAUUUAAGUACAUGAGCUGAACCAUGAUCACAUGUUCAUAAUGCCAACUUGUUAAUUUUUUGGUAUCUUACCAGUACUAAAGUUUGCUGAAACUGGCAUUCCUGUUCCAUGGUAUAGAGAGGGCUCUGGAAAAUAUCCUCAGUUAGGUAGCUGUUAUAUUAUAGCUGUCAAAAAAGUGCUUCUAAACACAAGAACCUAAAUUCUAUCCCCAGCACCUAUCUACCUACCUACCACCUACAUAAGGGAAUAGUGUGCCUAUAACCCAAGUGCUGAUGAGGCAGAGGCCAGCCUUGCUACAUGGAUGAGCUCCAGGUCUGAGUGAAAAACAUGAUCUCAUAAGCUAGGUGGUUGCCUCAAGUUGGACCUCCACAUUCAUCUGCAGAUUUGGGGUAAUUUAAGCCAAAGGUAGCUGUGGUUGCAUCACUAGGGAGGCAGAGCCCUCUGCCUGGAUUCACUAGGAAAGCAGUCUAGCUCCAGGUAUGGAAAACUCCAGAUUCAAAAACACCUUGUUUGAAAAGAAUAUGAUUGAGUAGGGCAACUCUUGACCUCUGACCUCCGUGUACUAGAACAGUAGUGUCCACACAAAACUAUCCCACACGGUGUUCUCCAACCCAUGCCAAGUAUGAAACUGUACAAGCAAAAAUUGUUCUAGAGAAAAGAAACGUGGCCCUAAAAAUAAUCAAUGCUUUAAUUCUGACACUCAGGAGGCAAAGGAAGGCAAAGCAAUCCUUGGAAUACAAUGUUAUAAAGGUUUUGCAAAAAGGUUUGUAGUAGAUAUCCAAGUUUAGGGCCAGGGUAUAUCUCAAUGAUAGAGCACGUGUCUAGGAUGCACAAAACCCUAGGAUGCCCAUUAUUAAAGGGACAAAAAUGAAACUUAAAACUCAAAGUUUCAUAUAACACUUUGAUAAAGUUGGCUUCUGUACUGUGGAUCUGGCUAGACCACAAAAAGGCACAGCAUUGUAACAGCUUCACCAUGGGCAGAAAAGCACAGGUUGUGCUGUGCUUUAGCCUGCAUUUGUCUAUCCAAACUUGUUAAUUUUAACAGCUUUUUUGUACUUUAUUUUUCCUAUAAAGUCCUUUUCAGAAGUUAAAUGGCUUUGAUUAAAACUUUUGUUAAAUAUAUUAAACCAAAACCAUGUAUUUCAAAACUA